CACCAUCAGGCUCCCAAAACCACAAAAUCGGAUUAUUAACACUACCUCGACAACUCACGAAGCUGUGAUAUCAAUCCCACUACUUCUAAACUCCCACGAAGCAUUGAUAUACUAACCUACGCAAUUCCACUCCACGAACUUGGCUAGGUCAUAGUGGUUUCGCAUCUCUUCGCCGACCAACCCCGCCAAUCCCGGUGCGAUGGAGAACGACGACUUCGCGGACGUCUCAUGGCAGUCGCCGCCGAGGGGGAAUACGGAGGGCGCUGCAGGAUCGAGUUCGAGGGCUGCGGCGGGAGAAGCGCAGCCUAGUCACGCUGAUAGGAUAGCGGAUGGGAUGGAGGAGACGCCGCGGGCGGAUCCGUUGGAUAAUGCGGGUAUUGGGAAUGGGACUCUUGAGUGUACGGUUACGGCGCCGCUGAAGGAGGGCGAUGGGUCGAAGGAUUCUUAUGUUUCUUAUCUUGUUACUACUAAUACCGAUUUCCCAUCCUUCCAAAAGCCAACAACAUCCGUGCGAAGACGAUUCACAGAUUUUGUCUUCCUGUAUAACACCCUCUUCGCGGAAUACCCGCAAUGUGCAGUCCCGCCUCUGCCAGACAAGCACAGCAUGAUGUACGUCACAGGCGACCGAUUCAGCACGGAAUUCAUGCAGCGCCGCACAAACUCGCUGAAGCGCUUCCUGCGCCGACUGACUCUGCAUCCCGUCCUGCGCCGCUCAGCGCUCCUUAUUAUCUUCCUCGAGAGCCAGGACUGGAAUGCUACGAUGAGGGGACGCCCGAAUAGGACCCCGUCGAAUGGGGAUCAGGGAUCGGGGGUCUUUGAUGGGAUUACGGAGACUUUCAUUAAUGCGUUUACUAAAGUCCAUAAGCCGGACCGCCGCUUCAUCGAGGUGCGCGAGAAGUCGGAUAAGCUGGACGAGGACCUGGGCCAUAUUGAGAAAGUCGUCGUGCGCGUAGCGCGCCGCGAGGAUGAGCUGGCUAAGGAUUUCCACGAGCUGGGCGAGAAUUUCCAGAAGCUUAUUACCCUCGAGCCUGGCGUCGAAGGGCCGGUUCAUGCUUUCACGGCGAGUAUCGAGGAUACCUCUGCCGAGAUGAAGAUUCUCAAGGAUAAGACGGAUCACGACUACCUCGGCAGCCUGCGCGACAUGCAAUCCUACAGCACAGCCGUCAAAGCCCUCCUAAAGUUGCGCGACACAAAACAAGUCGACUUCGAGCAAACCGCCCUCCUCCUCGCCGACACAACGCAACAACGCGACCGCCUCGCCGGCUCGCACGGCGCUUCCAGCGGCCCCGGCGGCUUUUUACGCUCCAAACUCGAGGAUGUGCGAGGCGUGGACCACGAGCAGGCGAGGCGGAAGAGGGUGCGCGAGGCGGAGCUGAAGAUCGAGGAGUUGACUGCUGCGGUGGAGGGGGCGAAGAGGAUGACGGAGGCGUUUGAUGAGGAGGUUAUUAGGGAGGUGGCGGACUUUGAGAGGAUUAAGAGGAUCGAGUUUAAGACGCAGUUUGGGGCGUUGGCGGAUGCGCAUGUGGGGUUUUAUGGGGAGGCGAUUGAGACGUGGGAGGCGUAUGUGAGGGAGAUGGAGAAGGUGGGGAGUGCGAGGGGAGGGCAGUGAGUGGAUGGGAUUGGAGGGCAGAUGGAGGGGGAGUUUUUGGAGUUGGGGAUAGAUAGUUUGUGGGGAGUUGAUUAAAGCAGUGUUGGUAUUACAUAUUACUAUGCGCGUGUCUGUCUGUGUCAGGGUCGUUCGUGUGAUAUAUCAGACUCUGAUCGCCAGCUAUUGCGUCGUUAAUCCUCAGAGGCUUGCUACAACCCUAUAGUUUCAAAAAGAGCAUUCCGCUCUUCACUUGCUAUUAGUUACUG